CGCUCCUCUGUCUCCUCCUACGACAUGCACCAAAGUUGUCCACUUAAACUACUUCCAACCAGCCAGCAGACAUUAUACUGAACCCAAAACUACACCAAGGGGAAAAAAGAAUAACAUUUAUUCCUCCAACUCAGAUAACACAACUUUAAGCGCUCCAUUUUUUGCAGACGUCCCUGUGUAAAAGGGAUUUAUAUUUUAUUUGUAGCAGCUGUUAUUUUUUUUUAAUAUAUAUAUUUAUAUAUAUUUUGGCACGUUCAUCGAGGAGAGCAUCACUUAUUUUUCCCCUGGUGGAAGAAGGGCUCGUCCAGUUGGGAUUUGGGAUUUGACAGCAGACUGAGCAUCAUAUUGAUCAUUUUUGAAGACAUCCCGUUUUUUGACUUUGGACUGGAGUCCGUUUUGUGGUUCGUCCAACCGGCCAGAUGAUGGCUGCACUACCAGGAACGAUGCCUCGGAUGAUGCGCCCUGCUCCGGGCCAAAACUACCCGAGAACCGGCUUCCCUCUGGAAGUGUCCACUCCUCUGGGCCAGGGCAGAGUGAACCAGCUCGGCGGUGUGUUCAUCAACGGGAGGCCGCUGCCAAACCACAUCCGACACAAGAUAGUGGAGAUGGCCCACCACGGGAUCAGACCUUGCGUCAUCUCGCGACAACUCAGAGUCUCUCACGGAUGCGUCUCCAAGAUCCUCUGCAGAUACCAGGAGACCGGAUCCAUCCGUCCAGGAGCCAUAGGAGGCAGCAAGCCCAGGCAGGUGGCAACUCCUGACGUGGAGAAGCGGAUCGAGGAGUACAAGAGAGAAAACCCCGGCAUGUUCAGCUGGGAGAUCCGGGAUAAGCUGCUGAAGGACGGGGUGUGCGACAGAAGCACAGUUCCUUCAGGUGAGGCUUCAUCUGUGAGCUCCAUCAGCCGCGUUUUGAGGGCCCGAUUUGGCAAAAAAGAUGACGAGGAUGACUGUGAUAAGAAGGAUGAAGAUGGAGAAAAGAAAACAAAGCAUAGCAUCGAUGGCAUCCUCGGUGAUAAAUGUAACCGCACAGACGAAGGUUCAGAUGUAGAUUCGGAGCCCGACUUGCCCCUGAAGAGGAAGCAGAGACGCAGUCGCACCACCUUCACCGCCGAGCAGCUGGAGGAGCUGGAGAAGGCUUUUGAAAGGACACAUUACCCCGACAUCUACACCAGAGAGGAGCUGGCUCAGAGGACGAAGCUCACAGAGGCCAGAGUACAGGUGUGGUUCAGCAACAGGCGAGCUCGGUGGCGUAAACAGGCCGGGGCCAAUCAGCUAGCGGCCUUCAACCACCUGCUUCCUGGAGGAUUCCCGCCAACAGGGAUGCCAAGUUUACCCACAUACCAGCUACAAGAGUCCGGCUACCCCGGCACCACGCUAUCGCAGGAGGGCAGUACGUUGCACAGACCCCAACCCCUGCCUCCGUCCUCCAUGCACCAGGGAGGCCUGACUGCUGACGGAAGCUCCGCUUACGGUCUCUCGUCCAACCGCCACGGCUUCUCCAGCUACUCCGAUACUUUCAUGAGCCCCUCGGCGUCCGGCAACCACAUGAACUCCGUUGGCAACGGGCUCUCCCCACAGGUGAUGAGUAUUCUGAGUAACCCCAGCGCCGUACCCUCCCAGCCCCAGCACGACUUUUCCAUUUCCCCCCUGCACGGCAGCCUGGAGAGCUCCAACCCCAUCUCAGCCAGCUGCAGCCAGCGCUCUGACAGCAUCAAGGACAGCCUGGCUUCCACCCAGUCAUACUGCCCCCCCACCUACAGCGCCACCAGCUACAGCGUGGACCCCGUCACUGCAGGCUACCAGUACAGCCAGUACGGCCAGACUGCUGUGGACUACCUGGCCAAGAACGUGAGCUUGUCCACCCAGAGGAGGAUGAAACUCGGAGACCACUCGGCGGUGCUGGGACUGCUGCAGGUGGAGACGGGACAGGCCUACUAAAGCCCUCCCACCCCACCCCUAGGUCGCACCCUGCGCCACUCUCCUCCGCCCUCUGCCACCCUCCUCCAUGCUCCAUCAAGUCUGGACUCCCAACUCCAGCUCGCUCUGCAGCCGGGCCAUGACAUCAGCGCACAGACACGCAGCCUCGCUGAGAGAAAGUGACGCUCGCGAGUGUGACAAAAGCACAUCGGGGGAAUGGAACUAAAGUUUUCACGCCAUUGUCAACCACCAGGCGGCUCUGCACCCUCUCUUCUCAACCUUUUAGGCGUCCCUGCCUGCUCCCUGUACUCUCCUUCCUCCAGCCCCAAACCCUGCUUUGUUUUCCCCCAGAAGGCCAGACGGGACCGAAGAUCACCCGAGGAUGGUCGGCCGCCUUGGCCCGGGUUCCUGUUUGUCAUGGCUGCAGUCCAGCACACAUUUAGAGCCAUCAACAACAUGUACUUUGACCUUGCUGUUCAUAGUAGUUAACAAAGCCAAUAUCAUUUGAACGACUCUUAUUCUUGUUCCUUUUUGAUAUUGUUAAGAUUAUUGUUGCUGUUAUAUGAUUAUGGUUAAUGUGAUUUAUGUUGUUCUUUGAUUCCAUUCGUAUCUCUUUUCUCUGUUAGAUGUCGGUGUGUAAAACACGACUGGAUGAUGAGUGUCUGUUGCGUGUGCAUGUUUCGCGUGUCACACUAAGAGAGGAUGAUUGUUUUCCAAGCUGCUGCUCCUCUGCCUGUUCCCUGGGCUCUAAUGUUCGUGAGCGAUUUGACCUUCCCACUUUUCAUAUUCAUCUUGACAUUCCUAAAGAACUUGGCCACUCUGUGGGAAGUCUGGCUGGAUGGAUUCUGCAGGGAAUUAAAGCAGCGUUUUGGCCGCCAAUAGCUUUCCCCUUCUAACCUCCAUCCCAUCCUUAGCCGCGGUCCAUGGGGAGGGCGGCAUUGUUUGCAAAAACAGGAUUGGGGAAAUUAAUGUAUUUUGUUUAGAAAUAUGGACCUUGCCAAGGAGGGCUAACUCAAUCCCUCCCCCCCUCUACUCCUCUCAAAUCCCAUCUGCCAGGAAACCCUGUGUGACUUUAACAGUGUAAAGCAGAUUAAAAUCACACAAACAUAAUGUCAAAGCUAAUUCACAGUGACCCUUCCCAUUUACCAGCCAGUAUUUCUGUUUUUAUAUAGUGAUUAGCUCAUUUUGUAAAUGCACCUUCAGUUGGUUUCCGCUCUCUCGGACUAAAACAAGCAUUCCUUCGAAACAUUCCUCCGUCUCCAUCUACGAAUAAACUACAGGCAUUCCAGCGCUUUUCUGUUAUGAGAUUAAAAAGUACACAAGCUGUGCCAUUCACAUGCACUCUGGAAAAUCAGAUAAUCCAGUCAGUCGUGAAAGGGCACAGGUAACACCACUGAUUGGCCCCCCUCUCUGGUUUCGGACCCCCUCUAAUCCUCCGCUUCGACGUACUCACUGAAAUGUACAAAAAGAAGAAAAAGAUUUAGUGGACGAGACGUUUGUGUAGCACUCAUAGUUGACUUUUGACACGAUCCAGGACCAGUUUGUUCCCUUGAGAUGUGUGUGAUGUUUUCUUUGGCAUCAGCGUGACGAUGAUCUGGUCCUCAGUCGCCUUUCAAAAACUGUACAGUAGCUGGAGCAGAUUGUGUAUUGUUUGUUUAUAAAGAGUAUGUUUUAUACUAAAACAAAACUAUGUCGAGUGGUAGGUAAGCAAGGGAUCUGUGGAAGUAAAUGUUUGAUUUGAGUUUCCUUAACUGGCUUGUUUUCUGUUGGUUUUGUUUUUAAUUGUAUUUAAUUGGUUUAUCUGUUUUGACCAAAAGUUUUGUUCCUGUUUUUGGGCCCAGGUCAGAACGAAUUUGUAUAAAUUAGUAAAAUAUAAAUUCCAUAAAAAAAAUGUUCCAAUUAAAAAGUGUAUAAAAGAGGAUCAAACUGAGCUGAAUGGAAAGUGAAAGCUUGGAUAGACUCCCUGGACCACAGGACCGCUGUAUAUUAGAAGUGGUGGUUGAAAUGUGUGUUUUUGACCACCUGAUCUCACAGACUGAGUAUUAGUGCAGACCAGACUUGACUGGACCAUGGACCUGACACACCUGAACCCUGAGACUUUGGGUGUGGGACUUUACCAACGGUUCAGGACGGCGAUGAAGCUGGCGAACGCGGCCUCUCUGCUCUGGGAAACUGAAUCGAGUCACGUUUGAUUUGUGGACCAAUAAGACUUCAGGAGAAGAAGUCGAAGCAACGCUGACUCCGCACUGAAUCGCAGCAGCUCCGUCUGCUCCGCUUAGACGCCUCACUCAUGUGUAUAUUUUAAAAAGGAAGAAUUUUAGAAUCGUCUUUAGUGUAUCAAACCCAUUUCUAACACUUGCGUCAAUAAACAUUUGGAUAUUUAAAGCAUACGACUCCUUAUCCCCCCUCCCCGUCUGUUUGACCCUUAACCUGUUUAGUUGCUUUCUGACAUCUGUGCUUUGCUUUACUCCUUUUUCUGUUUCGCAUGUGUGUAUAUUAUCAUGGUAUAAUUUAUUCUGCUGUAUGAAGUAUUAGAGUAGUGGGAAACUUGUACUGGUAUUUACUACCUUCAGCCUGUUGGUGUGUUUACUGUAACACUGGCGUAACUGUUAUCAAUUAAAGAUCCAAAACUGA